AUGGUAUCUCCACAGCCAUUCGCGCGCCUCGUUGCCGCCGAGAUCGACGGCCGUGCUCACAACAUCCGCUACCGACAGUCCCAGUUCCACCGUCUGCAGUCGGCGCUGGUCCAGCACAUCGACCAGAUCAGAAAUGCGUUGCAGACGGAUUCCAGCAAUGCGCCGGAGGAGAUUCAAGCAGAGAUCUGUCUAGCGCUCAAGGAGAUCCGGACUCACUACCUUUCAUUGAACAUGCAAGAAGAUCUGGAGAAUGAGUAUCGCGUUACGAGGGGAAAGGACAAUCAGGAUGCUACGCGGGGAUCGGGGAUCGUGUAUAUUAUCCCGGCUACGCAUACGAUGUUCUUUUCAGUCGUUUCAGCGCUGAGUGCAGCAAUUGCGGCGGGAAACUGCGUUAUUCUCGAGUUGACGAAGAAUACUAUGGCUCUGCCUCCGCUCCUUCGCGAGAUUCUGCUUCAGGUUUUGGACGCGGAUACGUUUGCGAUUAGCGAGGAAAGGCCGGACGCUACUUUCCUCGAGAAGACGCUUGUGGUCGCUCAAACGAGUACAGCCUCGCUUUCUGGACGCGGUCUUGUCUCGCCUGUCACAGCUCGAACAGUUGCCGUUGUCGACCGAACUGCUGAUGUUCAAGGUGCCGCGAGAUCUUUAGUUGCGGCGCGAUUUGCGUUUGGUGGGCGAUCUACAUACUCUCCAGACGUCGUACUAGUCCAAGAGUUUGCCAUGAAGACCUUCGUUGAGGCUAUCAUCCACCAGUCAUCCAAGUAUCUCGCCGGCCCAGCAGGCGAAGAAAGACAAAAGGUCCUCAAUCCACGCCGAUCAAGUCCCGGUUUAUCUUUUCUGGAUCUGGCACACAAGGACCCGAGUGCGCGAGUCCUCGUUUCGGGGUCGGGAUGGGGUGUUGUCGAAGUUCAUGACAGAAAUUCACAGUUGCUGCAGAAAAAGGUUGAAGAGAAAGUUCUCGUCUUGCAUCCAGUUACGAGUCUGGACGAUGCAAUCGAUCUCAGUGCUCAAUUCGGAACCCUCGCAGCAACAUACGCCUUCGCCGAACCAGCCUCAUCCAAAUAUCUAACCCAGUUCAUCGACGCUCACGUCUCAUACAUCAAUCAAGUCCCCGCAGACCUCCUCAUUGGGCCCGCCUCACCCACAAACGUUCCUCAUAGCCGCGAAACUCGCUACGCGACAGCAACUUUCCAGGUGCCUCGACCUCAGUUUAUCACUCAGAGCACCAACACCGCACUCAUCCGACAUGUGCUUGAUAAACCAAGCUCACAGGAAGCACUUGCCGCCUGGAAAGAGGCUGUGGCACCCUUGCCAGCUACGGGACAGAAGCUAAACAGCAGGAUUGGGUUUUUCGAGCAGGGUAUUAUCACGGGAGGUGUGAUUACCUUGUUUUCGUUUGUUGCGACGGUUUCGACGUUGGGAUACUAUGGAUUUGUGUUUGUGAGAGGGUUGAGGAGGGGUUAG